CCUGCCUCCCACUGACCGACACGCUCACACCCCGCCUCCUACCUCGCUGAAUGCCGGAAGAACGCCCGCCACUGCAUAUUUGAUUCAAUUGGUGCUGACGAAAACGGCCCGGUUCACUUUCCGCUAUUCGAGUCUAUCCAACCACAACAUCUAAAACAAAGUCUUAGAAUUGGUCACAAUGCCGAACAAGCUACAAGACCUCCACACUGUUGACAGCAGUAACUUUCCUUAUGUUUUUGAGCAGAAUGUCACCGUCCCCCUAAAGUCCGGUGGCGUGGUUCGCUGCAACGUCUACCGGCCCAAGCCGGAUACUCCCGUCCCGGUCUUGGUGACGUAUGGGCCAUACGGAAAGGACAUUCACUACAAGGAUUUCAUUCCAAAGUACUCGGAGGUCAAUCCUCGUCACAAGUCCGCACACUCAGCCUGGGAGACACCCGACCCCGGGUUCUGGACAGAGCAUGGCUAUGCCAUCGUUCGCGCAGACGAGCUGGGUCUUGGCCAGUCCCCAGGCAUUCUUGACACCAUGUCUCGGGGGACUACCGAUGGAUUUGUUGAUGUCGUCGAGUGGGCGGCCGAGCAACCGUGGUCCUCGGGCAAGGUAGGCCUCUUGGGCAUCAGCUACUAUGCUGGAAGCCAAUGGCGGGUGGCUGCCCGAAAGCCCAAGGGUCUCGCGGCCAUCGUCCCGUGGGAAGGCAUGUCGGACUAUUACCGGGAUCGGUGCCGGCACGGUGGAAUCCUGUCCAACGCUUUCAUCAAGUUCUGGUGGAACAGACAAGUCAUCACCAACCAAUACGGACGGCCCGGCCGGGCUGCUUCUAACUGGGGUCCGGACACUAUGGAAGGUGAUCUCCCCGAAGAAGAGCUGACUGCCAACCGUCAAGACCAAACAAUUGACAACCAGAAACACUUCUUCCGUGACGAAGCAUACUACGCAUCCAAGGAGUACGACAUGGGCGACAUCGAGGUCCCGCUCCUCUCCGUCGGCAACUGGGGCGGCAUCCUCCUCCAUCUCAGGGGCAACAUCGAGGGCUUCACCCAUGCCGGUUCCGAGUUUAAGUACCUGCGCAUGAUCACGGGCCGUCACGACCUACCCUUCUACUACGACGAGGAAGUCGAAGUCCAGCGCAGCUUCCUCGACGCCUUCCUCAAAGGCGACGACCGCGUAGGCUGGUCACAACCCGGCAAAGUCCCCCCCGUCAGCCUAGUCCUCCGCAAGGGCAACGUCGGGUUCAACAACGCCGAGAAAGAAAAGGUCUACGAACGCCGCGAAGAAAGCGAAUGGCCCAUCGCCCGCACACAAUACACCCGCUACCACCUCACCCCCGACCUCGCCCUCGACAACAACCCAACCACCCCCAUCCCCAAAAACAAACUAACCUACCGCGCCCUCGGCACCAUGCAGAACCCCCACCUCCUCCAAUUCACCACCGCCCCCUUCCCCACCGAAACCGAAAUCACGGGGCACAUCGUCGCGCACCUCUCCGUGUCCAUGUCCCCCGACCCCGCGUCGCCCACCAUCCCCUCCGACAUCGACCUCUUCAUCACCCUCCGCUACCUAGGCCCCGACGGCGCCGAGGUCUUUUACACGGGCACGGCGGGCGACCCGGUGCCGCUGACCAAGGGGUGGCUGCGGGCGUCGCUGCGCAAGGUGAAUGUCGAGCACCCGAAGCAUAGAGAGUGGCUGCCGCAUCGGGAUUAUACGAGCCGGGAUGUGCUCAGUGUGAUCCCGGGCGAGGUGUACGCGGUGGAUGUGGAGGUGUGGCCGACGAAUGUGGUGGUGGAGAAGGGGGGGCGGGUGGUGCUGGAGGUGAGCUCGGGGGAUACGCAGGGGAGUGGGAUUUUCUUGCAUGAUGAUCCCGUGGAUAGGUCGGUCGAGAAGUUUCAGGGGUUCAACCACGUCCAUUUUGGGCCGCGGUUCGAGAAUUAUGUCACGCUGCCUAUCAUUCCGCAGAGAAAGGAGUAGUGGACGUGGACGUUCUGACGAACACCGAAACUGUUUGAGAUCUGAUUGGAGUGAGGAUGGGUUCAUUCUCGCAUCUUAAAUACCCCAUUCUUACUCUUGCGUCGUUGGCUUCGGACAAGGCUCCAGCCGGUAUCGGCGGAGCAGGGGAGCGAGAGGUGAGACAAGAUACUUCGGUGGAGGGUCGGAGGAUGGAUAGGUACCUAGGUACUAGUAGACAGCCCUGAA